GGUCAAACAAUGGAUGACUGGAAAAAUCGGCUUGUAAUCAAGAGCAUGCUUCCCCAUUUCGCCAUGGUGGGAAAUCGUCAGGAGCCCAGAAAGCUCCAGGAAUCGCCACAGGGAACCAUUAAGAGGAGACAGGAAGGAGACAACUUCCAGUUUCCAGGCAUGGCUGACGGGGGUUACCCUAAUAAAAUUAAGAGGCCUUGCCUUGAAGAUGUCACCCUUUCUAUGGGCCCAGGUGCCCAUCCCAGUACCCCCUGUGCAGAGCUGCAGGUUCCUCCAUUAACGAUGAAUCCUAGCCCUGCGGCUAUGGGCGUAGCUGGCCAGUCAUUACUACUUGAGAAUAAUCCCAUGAAUGGCAGCGUUAUGGGCCCACCAUUUGUGGUACCACCAACUGCAGAAAUGGGGCUGAAAGGGGCCACGGUUCCUUACUAUGAGAAAAUCAACAGCAUGCCGGCUGUAGACCAGGAACUUCAAGAUCUGCUGGAGGAGCUAACCAAAAUUCAAGAACCUUCUCCAAAUGAGCUAGAUCUUGAGAAGAUCCUGGGGAGCAAGCCAGAAGAGCCACUGGUCUUAGACCAGCCUCAGGCAACCCUAGGCACAACUCCCAAGCCUUCAGGUCAGAUGCCACACUUGGAGAGCCUUGGUUCCAGCAAGGAGUUUGCUUCUAGUUGCAGCCAAGUCACUGGCAUGUCACUUCAGAUCCCGCCCUCCUCCACUGGGAUCAGCUAUUCGAUCCCUUCCACCAGUAAGCAGAUCGUCUCACCCAGUUCUUCUACAGCACAGGCCAAGAACCAGGUGCAGGCCAUGCUCCCUGUCACUUUGCCCCCCCUCCCAGUGCCUCAGUGGCAUCAUGCCCACCAGCUGAAGGCAUUGGCAGCCAGCAAGCAGGGAUCUGCUACAAGGCAACAAGGGCCUACCCCCAGUUGGUCUGGUCUGCCUCCUCCAGGCCUCUCCCCACCUUACCGCCCAGUGCCAUCGCCACACCCACCACCGCCGCCGCAGCCAUUCAGCCCUCAGAGCCUCAUGGUGUCCUGCAUGUCAUCCAACAACUUGUCAGGCAACACUAUGCAAGGCUCUGCCAAUGCCUUACUCUCAAGCAUGGUGUCCAGCAGCAACGCUGCCCUUGGGCCCGCCAUGCCCUAUGCCUCUGAGAAGCUCCCCAGCCCAGCUCUCAGUCAGCAGCCGCAGUUCAGCCCACAGAGCCCCAUUCUGGCCAACCUGGUAUCCUCUACCAUCAAAAGCCCUCCAGGACACCUGAUGUCUGCUCUGCCCACCAGCAACCCUGGGCCAUCCCCCCCCUAUCGCCCAGAGAAGCUCUCCAGCCCAGGCUUGCCGCAGCAGUCCUUCACUCCUCAGUGCUCUCUGAUCCGGAGCCUCACUCCCUCCAAUAAUCUGCUCAGCCAGCAACAGCAGCAGCAGCAGCAGCAGCAGCAGCAAGCAAACGCGAUCUUUAAGCCUAUGGCCACCAACUCAUCUAAAACCCUGAGCAUGAUCAUGCAACAGGGGCUGGCAAGCUCCAGCCCCGGAGCCCCAGAGCCAUUUACUUUUGGCAACACCAAGCCCUUGUCCCAUUUUGUUUCUGAGCCGGGCCCCCAGAAGAUGCCCUCCAUGCCUACCACCUCUAGGCAGCCUUCCCUGCUCCACUACCUGCAGCAGCCGACACCAACGCAGGCCUCAUCUGCCACUGCCUCCUCCACCACCACUGCCACCUUGCAGCAGCAGCAGCAGCAGCAGCAGCAGCAGCAGCAGCAUCCUGACCAUUCUUCCUUCCUUCUGCAGCAGAUGAUGCAGCAACCCCAGCGCUUUCAGCGAUCAGUGGCCUCGGAUUCCAUGCCUGCUCUGCCCAGACAGGGCUAUUGCCAUCUGUUUGCACGGACUUCUACAGCUAGCUCGGUGGAGCACCAGCGUCAACACUGGAACCCUUCCCCUAGCAGGCCAGAUCCUCAGCCUGGAGACGUGUCACCAUUCAACAUUACUCAUGUAGACAAAGCCUGCAAGCUUGGGGAAGCCAGGCCCCCCCAGGUCAGCCUCGGGCGACAGCCCCCAUCCUGCCAGGCCCUGGGGAGCGAGUCCUUCCUGCCCGGCAGCUCCUUUGCUCAUGAGCUGGCCCGAGUCACCUCCUCGUACAGCACCUCAGAGGCAGCGCCCUGGGGCGGCUGGGAUCCGAAGGCCUGGAGGCAGGUGCCCGCUCCACUACUGCCUAGCUGCGACGCCGCAGCAAGAGAAGCAGAGAUCAGGUCUUACGGCAAUGACCCCUGAACAGCUGAGUGCAUAUAUCGCCCAACAGAUGAGUCAAUUUCAAGCCGUCCAAGAACAAGUCACCUCCAAGUGUAGCCGGACCAAGGCAAGCCCCCCAUCCAGCCAGCACAUGAUGCCACCCAGAACCGGGCUCCUUCAGAACAAUCAGAGUUCAGGCAUGACCCCACCCACCAGGCGCCAGAGUCGGGAGGGCAUGGGCGUGAUCUCCCCUCCUCCAGGGAAGCAGCAAGGAAUUUUCAGCUCUAGACCCCAGUUUCCUAUACCCUCGUGCUCGGGCCAGAACCCCCAGAGCAGUCUUGGCUCUGUCUGCCAGCAUACGCAGAGUCCCAAGGCCACCCCCCCAGGAGUGCCCCUGCCCGGGUUCUGUCCCAGCCCCCUGGGCAGCCAGUCCCUGAGUCCCCAGCAGCUCAGACAGCCCAGUGUGCCAAGAGUGCCCACUAUGUUCAACAAUGCCUCAUGGGUGGCAGCAGCAGCAGCUGCCACCACAGCAGCUUCGAGGGAACCACCCCCGAGCCAAGUAGGUAAUGACAUUCAGCAGCACUUUGAUAGCAACUCAAUCUUUGCCAAGGCACCCAUGAGAGUGCCCCCAGGACCCCCGGCAUGUCCAUCUCAGCAAGUGGUUGUGCCCCUCAGUCAGAUGACCCCAGGGGGCAGGCCUGGCCAGAAGGCAAGUGCUACCCUGGCCAACCCCAGCUUCAGCCUGCUGGGCAGCCAGAGCUGCAGGCAGAGCCCAGUGAGGGGCCCCGUGCCUGUGCUGAACACCACCAAGUCCCUCCAGCAGGGCAUGGCCAGCUUCGGUCCCAUGAGUCCCAUACAGGGCAUCGAGCCCCCAAGCUAUGUGGCCGCUGCUGCUGCCGCUGCUGCUGCCUCCGCCAUCGCCCCCAGCCAGUCCCCAGGUUCAUUCAACAGAACGACUACCCCCCCUGAGCUGCCACCUGACACCUUUUUGCCCCAGCCCCAGGCCCCUUUAAAUGAUCUGAUUUCUCCACCUGACUGUAGUGAGGUGGAUUUCAUUGAAGCUCUCUUAAAAGGCUCCAGCGUGAGCCCCAGUGAAGACUGGGUGUGCGACCUGAGGCUGAUCGAUGACGUUUUGGAACAGCAUGCUGCUGCCCAAAACACGGCAGCCCAGAAUGCUGGCCACCUCACCCAGGAUGCUGGGGAGCUGUAAAUCUGAGCAGGACACCCAUAGAACCCCCCAUGUUGACGUCACUCUAGGGGGUGGUGUGAGUCCACAGCAAAUUCACAACUGGCCCAGACACCCACAGUUGUCUCCUCGUCACAAUUUGAGUGGUGCCAGCCCCUGCCCAUCUCUCUCUCUACCUGUGAUACACGGGAAGCUGGUGAUUUUUCAAGCUACUUGUACAUAUUUGAAAAUUUUGUAAAUGGUUUUCCUAAACAUUAAUGACAGAAGUAUUUAUACUUCAUUUUGUGACUUUGUAAAUAAAGUGACGGCUUUCGUUUCAGUAGUGUUGUGUUUAUCAUGCAUUGUUUGUGUUUAUUACACAUGGUUACAAAUAUGCAGACUGUGCUGUUCGCUCCAGUGAUACCUUGUUAAGCCAGGUGGCUGAGUCGCUUACGGUUUUGAUGCGUUGAGAGAUGUGCAUAUGACCAAGAGGUGUCGUGCAAACUGCCAAAUGCCAAAUAGGAAACCACUUGGCCAUUUAUUUCCACUUUCACUAAAAAUUCUAUCGCCUUGUGUGAUUCUUAAUCUCUUUUGCAAACCUUUCAGUCUCAGCUAGCUCUUUCCUAAUGAGCAUUUAUAGCAGAAGUCCUUUUAUCGCUAAGUGCCCCCCAGAGACACUUUGCCGGGAGGCUGAGAGAGCUCUUUGCAUUGGGGAGAGGCACAGAGGUGGCACGUGAGCCGAGCACUGUCCGAGCCAUCCAGCUUGAGGAACUAGCGUCCGCCUCCCUUAGCAUUCAGACUGAGAAAGCCCCGGCUUCAGGCUCCAGUGCACCCUCGCAGGGUGAAGGUGAGCUACUCCUGGUUGAAAGCCUUUCAGUAUUUAUUUUGAUGUAAGGCUCUGUGGUUUGGGGGGGAAGCCUAUAAACAUUAAUAGUUGAUUUGGGGUUUGUCUUUGAUGGUUUCUAUCUGCAAUUAUCGUCAUGUAUAUUUAAGUGUCUGUUACAGAAAAUCUACACCCACUGUCCUGUAAACUUUUCUCAGUGUCCAGACUUUGUGUAAUCACCUUUGAAUUGCCACCUCGUAUUUCGCCUCUACGUUUGAAAUCUGGCAUCUGUUUUGAGCCAGUGCCUUUUUUCUUUGUUCUGUAAUAAACAGCCAGGAGAAAAGUG